AUCGGUCAUGCGCAGAUCGGUGGUUGUGAAGAUCAACGACAUGGAGGACAGAACAAAUUCGAGACGAUUUCUGCCAUAAAUGUGAAGAUUUCUGUUUAAAAAUGAGAAAAUAACUCUAUAGAAAAAGAAAAGACGGACUAGGUGAAACAGACAAUGUUUUCAAGAGCUCAUCUUUUGAUUGAGAGAGAAUAUGAGAAACUGCAGCAAUCCCCUCCAUGGGGAAUAGAAGCUUUACCAUUACAGAAUGACAGUUUAUUUGAAUGGGUAGCCAAGAUAAAAGGCUUAAAAGAUUCGUUAUGGGAAGGUGGAAUAUUUCGUGUAUACAUAAAAUUUGAUGAACAUUACAAUGUGAGACCUCCAGAUGUCUGUUUUCAUACCAUUCCAUUCCACCCUAAUGUUGACAUGAUCACAGGAAGACCUUGUAUAGAUUUCCUAGACGAUUAUUCAAAGUGGCAAGAGUCCUACAGUCUUUCAUUUAUAUUAAUAACAAUACAGAAUUUAUUAUCCAAUCCAAACCUGGACAGUCCUGUUAAUCCAGAGGCAUCAGAUAUGAUUAUACAUUCACCUCAUGCCUAUAGACAAAUGGUACUGGACUGUGUGGUCGCUAGUCAGCGUGUUGAAGCUGGUAUAACUCCUCAUUCAGAGUUGGAGUCAAGAGUAAGAUUUGCCACACCCACAGAAACUACUAAAGUAGCCACAGCUGCUUAUAAACCGUCCUCAUCAAAGAUAACUAGAUUGUCAUUUGACGAUUAUCAUUCAACAUGGAGUGGUAUAGCUACUUCUAAACCAGCACAAGAAUUGAAAAAUCCACUAUUAGAGAUGAUUAAAGAAAGUACAGUUUUACAGAAAGUACAUUUAGGUUUACCACAGGAAGAAAUAGAAGAACAGAUGAAACGACAAAUAGAAGAACAUUCUGCACUGAUGUAUGGUAAUUUCAAAACCAGACCUAAUGAAGAAGAUGAAAAAGCUGCCAAAUUAGCAAGAUUAAGUAGAAUGAAGAAAAUUUAUCUUCCUCCCAGAUUAUCACCAACACCAUCAACAGCUCCACCUCCAACAGGCAACAAAGAUGAACCCUGGGAAAAAGAAGUAGAAGAUCUUGUCACGUGGUCUUCAAAGCUAGAUACUGCUGCUCUUGAUGAAUAAACCAGUGUUCUUUUACUUUAAAAUUUGUCAACAAAGAACUAAAUAUUUGAUAUAUGAUCUCGUAGAAGAAUCUGUUGAAGGUUCAGACAUAUUUAUAUUUAUUUUUUAAACAUAACACUACAGAUGUAAACAAUAGAUAACUAAAACUUCAACAAGUAUCUGUGAACAGCACUUUAUCCAUAAUAUUUGUAGGACAAAGCAUGGUCUUUAACAAGUCUAGUUUAGAUAACAUUUUUUUGUUUUAUUUUUCUAGCACACUUAUUGUUAUUAAACAGAAGCAUGUUGUGUGUAGUGAAAAAUCUCUUUCCAUGAACGUAGGUCAAACUAUUCCAGUAAAUAUAUAAAAGAAGAAUGAUUUCUUUUUUGUUCUCUGAAUGAAUGUGUUUGUGUGUGAGAAUGUAUCGUGAUCACAUUUAAUUAUAUUUGUACAUAAAAAUACUAUAUUAAAAAAAACUGUGAUAAAUGAACCAUUUGUGUGAACCUAUUUACUGGUUUUAUUUCUAAUAUCUAUAAUGCAUUUACCUGAUUUAAAUCUUACUUCUGUUGUAUGAUUGCCUUACUAUUAUACUUUUGAUAAAUAUCAGUGACAGAU